CGAGCGAAUUUGAAAAAGCAGGAACAGCCCCUGCACGCAGAGCUUCAGCCAGGGAGCUCCCCAGACAGCCGUGUAGCUAGAGACCUUUGGUUUUGUGGUCACAUCCCUAAGAAGUGGACAGUCAUCAGCAGUGGCGUUUGGAGCAAGCCGGCAUGCUACAGAUGCUGUGGCAUUUUCUGUCUAGCUUCUUCCCUAGAGCUGGGUGCCAAGACGCCAGCGAGGGCAUCGAUCAUGGAGUCAGAGGCACUCAGGCCCCUGCUCAGGGAGACCAGAUGUCCACCUUUUUGGGGAAACAAAACGGAAGGGCUGAGGCUACAGAAAAGAGACCCACCAUCUUGCUGGUGGUCGGACCUGCAGAGCAGUUUCCUAAGAAAAUUGUGCAAGCAGGCGACAAAGACCUUGAUGGGCAACUGGACUUUGAAGAGUUUGUACAUUACCUCCAAGAUCAUGAGAAAAAACUGAGGCUGGUGUUCAAGAGUCUGGACAAAAAGAACGAUGGGCGGAUCGAUGCGCAGGAGAUCAUGCAGUCCCUGCGGGACCUGGGCGUCAAGAUCUCAGAACAGCAGGCGGAGAAGAUUCUGAAGAGAAUACGAACGGGCCACUUCUGGGGCCCUGUCACCUACAUGGACAAGAAUGGCACGAUGACCAUCGACUGGAACGAGUGGAGGGACUACCACCUCCUGCACCCCGUGGAGAACAUCCCUGAGAUCAUCCUGUACUGGAAGCACUCUACGAUCUUCGAUGUGGGUGAGAAUCUGACCGUCCCGGAUGAGUUCACAGUGGAGGAGAGGCAGACGGGCAUGUGGUGGAGACACCUGGUGGCAGGCGGAGGGGCAGGGGCCGUGUCCAGAACCUGCACUGCCCCGCUGGACAGACUGAAGGUGCUCAUGCAGGUCCAUGCCUCCCGCAGCAACAACAUGUGCAUCAUAGGCGGAUUCACGCAGAUGAUCCGAGAAGGGGGUACCAAGUCGCUCUGGCGGGGCAACGGCAUCAAUGUCCUCAAAAUUGCCCCUGAGUCGGCCAUCAAAUUCAUGGCAUAUGAGCAGAUGAAGCGCCUUGUUGGUAGUGAUCAGGAGACACUGAGGAUCCACGAAAGGCUCGUGGCAGGCUCAUUGGCGGGGGCCAUUGCCCAGAGCAGCAUCUACCCCAUGGAGGUCCUGAAGACCCGAAUGGCCUUGCGGAAGACAGGCCAGUACUCGGGCAUGCUGGACUGUGCCAGAAGGAUCCUGGCUAAGGAGGGUGUGGCUGCCUUCUACAAAGGCUACAUCCCCAAUAUGCUGGGGAUCAUCCCCUAUGCCGGCAUUGACCUAGCUGUCUAUGAGACGCUGAAAAAUACCUGGCUACAGCGCUACGCAGUGAACAGCGCAGACCCUGGCGUGUUUGUUCUCCUGGCCUGUGGCACUAUCUCCAGUACCUGUGGCCAGCUGGCCAGCUACCCACUGGCCCUGGUCAGGACCCGGAUGCAGGCCCAAGCCUCCAUUGAGGGAGCGCCCGAGGUCACCAUGAGUAGCCUCUUCAAACAGAUUCUGCGGACUGAGGGGGCCUUUGGGCUCUACCGGGGGCUGGCCCCCAACUUCAUGAAGGUGAUUCCAGCUGUGAGCAUCAGCUACGUGGUGUAUGAGAACCUAAAGAUCACCCUGGGCGUGCAGUCCCGGUGACAGAGGGGGGCAGAUCGGGGACCCUGGGCUGCAGCCCAGGGUGUGCAGCCAUCUCAUUCUGUGAAUGUGCCAACACUAAGCUGACUUACCCAAGCUGUGAAGCCCAGGAUGCCACAGGGGAGGGACAGGGAGCCAGCAAGCGCUGGGCUGGUCCUGCUGACCUGGCAGACCCUUGUGUCCCUUCCAAGGAAGACCUGUGGACAUUCCUUGGAGUCCAGGGGUCAGUAGGAUUUAGGCUCCUGCCCCUAGAGACAGGACUUUCCUGCAGUGCCUGCCAGACAGCGAGCUUGGAGGCCAGCUUAGUUCUUCCAUCUCGUCCACGCAGCUAGACCUCAGCCACGUCCUCCCUCUGGCCCAAAGAGCAUUCCUGUGCCCCCUCAUAUCGUGUCCACUGAUGUGCUGUUGUAGGAAGUGGGCCCGCGUCCACUCCUUUUUGUCCCUGUCCCUCUCCCCUCAGUGUGGUUCCUCCAAAUCUGUUUCCCAAGCCGCAGUAUCCAUGUGGCCCUGUGGCACAGGAAGCCGAAGGAGUACCACUUACAUCCUUGCCUCUUCUGAGCUCACCAGCAAGGCCACCAGGAUGUGCCUGGGUACUCAGGCACUGGCUGUCUGGCACCAUGGUGCAUGGCUUUGCUGAAAGCUAGUGCUAGGACCUGGAGCCCAGAGGAUUUGUGCUGCCUGCAUGGGCCUAGUGUCCUCUGAGCUGUCCCUAAGCCCUGUCAGCUCUGGCACCAGCUCAUGACCACACUUACUGUUCCAUUCUGUGGAAUGAGGGUGGUGCGGGGGAUCUGCCCCAUGGUGCUGCCCUCGUGAGAAGAAAAAGAUGCUGAAGGCCUUAAUUAUGUCUUACUGGGUAAAGGAUUUGGUUCAGAAGGACAAGCUGGACACUGCGUAAGUGCCACACUUACUGAGAGCUGGGGGGUGGAGGACUUCUCUAAAGUCUGUCUGUUCUGAGGGCCCUAUGGGGCCAAGUGGGACCAGCCUCACAUUCCGAAACGUGUGUAUCACUCUGCUUGGAGCCUAUUUAUUUUGUAUUUAUUUGAACAGAGUUAUGUCCUAACUAUUUUUAUAGAUUUGUUUAAUUAAUAGCCUGUCGUUUGCAAGUUCAUUUUUUAUUCAUAUUUAUGUUCAUGGUUGAUUGUACCUUCGCAUCACCACCUGGUGGGGCGUGGGGAGACAGGAUGGAAGAGUGGCCACAGAGUGACCUUGCCUGCCACUCACACUGAUGGCUGUCUGUCCAAAGAAGUUUGUCUCUCACUGGAAACAGAAGGAAAGGCCCAGGGAGGACCUUUGUAGGCCAGGUGGGCUAGUGGGGGAAGGGGACAGUUUGGAAUGACAAGGCAGUGAUGUGCUUCACCAGGAAUUUGGUAUGAGGGUGAGAGCUGCAGGACAGGGUGGCCUGCCCUCCCCAACCUGUGACCUGAUCUUCCUCCUGGCCCACAGCUGCCCUUGCUCAAUGAGUGGUCAGCUGGCCACUUGGCAAUUGUGCCUCCAUUGCCCCAAGAAUGGCCUGAUGAGGAAAACCCAAAUAGGAUGCAAAGAUCAAUGCAAAAAUUACCGGUCUGCAUAGUCUAUGCUGUAACUGGAGUUUGUCAAAGGCAAGCAGCCUUCUAAUAAAGUUGCUUCAAAUGUGA